UGAAGCAAAUGGUGAUGAGCCUGCGGGUGUCAGAGCUGCAGGUCUUGCUGGGCUACGCUGGGCGUAACAAGCAUGGACGCAAACAUGAGCUGUUGACCAAGGCCCUACAUCUGCUCAAGGCUGGCUGCAGCCCCGCCGUGCACAUGAAGAUCAAGGAGCUCUACCGAAGACGCUUCCCUGCAAAGAUGGUCUCCCCCUCAGAACUGGCCCUGCCUGGACCACACCACCCUGCUUCUGGAGGACUGGGUGGGGGAGGGGGCGCUGCACUGCCUGCCGGCUUAACCCAGCUGGCGUACGAGGGUCACGCAGGUCACGGCGGAGCACCAUCACCAGCUGCCUUGUUACCCUUAUCGUUGCUUGGUCCUGGGAAGCACGAGUUGAGUGGGCUGACACACCACCUGCCCACCUCAGCCACGCUGCACCCAGUCCAUCCUGACGUCAAACUUCAGAGGCUGCCCUUUUACGAUAUGCUGGAUGAGCUCAUCAAGCCCACGAGUCUAGCCUCAGACAAUAGCCAGCGGUUUCAGGAGACAUGUUUUGCCUUCGCAUUAACACCACAGCAAGUCCAGCAGAUCAGCAGCUCAAUGGACAUCUCGGGGACCAAAUGUGACUUCUCAGUUCAAGUUCAGUUGCGGUUUUGCCUGUCAGAGACUAGUUGUCCUCAGGAAGACCAUUUCCCACCCAACCUGUGUGUGAAAGUCAAUGGGAAGCCGUGUAACCUGCCGGGUUAUCUUCCUCCAACCAAAAAUGGCGUGGAGCCCAAGCGCCCCAGCCGGCCCAUCAACAUUACCUCACUGGUCAGAUUGUCCACCACAGUCCCAAAUACCAUUGUGGUGUCGUGGACCGCUGAGAUCGGAAGGAGCUACUCCAUGGCAGUGUACCUGGUGAAGCAGCAGUCGUCCACAGUGCUGUUGCAGAGACUACGGUCCAAAGGCAUCAGGAACCCAGACCACUCCAGAGCUCUCAUCAAAGAGAAGCUAACAGCAGAUCCAGACAGUGAAAUAGCCACGACCAGCCUACGAGUGUCGCUACUUUGUCCGCUUGGGAAGAUGCGGCUGAUGAUCCCGUGCCGAGCGUUGACAUGCUCCCACCUGCAGUGCUUCGACGCCACACUCUACAUCCAAAUGAAUGAGAAGAAGCCCACCUGGGUGUGUCCUGUUUGUGACAAGAAGGCCCCCUAUGAGCAUCUGAUCAUCGAUGGGCUUUUCAUGGAGAUCCUGAACAGCUGCAUGGACUGCGAUGAGAUCCAGUUCAAGGAAGAUGGCAGCUGGGCCCCCAUGAGGUCCAAGAAGGAAGUACAAGAAGUCUCCUCUGCAUCCUACAACAACGGAGUGGAUGUCUGCGUCUCAUCGGUUCGGAGCUCUUCGUCCUCCAGCCACAGUGGCAGUAACGGCAGCAGUAAGAAAGUGGAGGUGAUCGACUUGACGCUAGACAGCUCCUCAGAUGACGAGGGACAGGAUACCCCCCCUCCCCCACCGCCACCACCACUACCGCCUCCACCCAAAAGGUCCUGCCCCUCCCUGUCACCCACCUCCCCGCCUGUCAUCAACAAGGGAGUACUGAACCUGCACCAUCAGCCAUCGCCUGUGAGUCGGACUCCCAGCAUGCCAGCUGUGGAAACCAGCUAUAUCCCUCCUGUCCCACCCCUUAUCCAGGACUAUAGACCCUACUACCACACCCCUAAUGACCUGUCAGAUUUGAAUUUUUUCUCCUUUCUUCAAAGUGACAAUCAUCAGCAUUACAACAUGGUGAUGGCAGCAGCGGCAGCUGCCUCCGCCUCAGAUGACCACGAGCUGCUUCUCAACCGCUUCCUGCCCUAUGGCACCACCUCCUCCUCCUCCCAGCUCUUCCUGGACCAAUCAGGAGCCUCCUCGGCUACUUCCCUGGCCACAGCAACCAAUGGGAGCAGCAACUCUGGGAGUAGCAGCAGCCUGGUGUCCUCCAGCAGCCUCCGAGACACUCACUCCUCGACACAUUCAUCUUCACACUCUGGCACACACUCGUCCCACACACACCCUGCUGCUAUCUAUGGCGGGAUACCAGAUGUGAUAUCGUUGGACUGA